AUGAAGCUCUUUAAACUAAUAGUACAUCAGAAGAAUUUUAGUGGCGAAGAUUUGAUAAUCAACCCGAAGGACUACCCUGGUAUAAAAACCGGCGAUGUCGUCGAAAUCUAUCAUCCUGACGAUGAAUUCAGUCGCUUACUGUUGCAAGUUACAUCCUUUAAGGAGGAUCUACAAGGACGUGAGACUAUCAGUGUGGAGAAUAACGUAGCAUCAAUGUUUCAAUUAAGAACAUUUGCUGAUGUAUAUAUGAACAUAGUAAAUCCGGACGAUGUAGCUCUAGAUUCCAUAGAAUUGACUUUUAAAGACCAGUACAUGGGACGCAGCGAGAUGUGGCGUCUGAAAAACAGCUUGGUAAAGACUUGUGUUUAUAUCAAUAAAAAGAUAGAAUUCUGUGGCGGCAGUAUACGAUGCCAAGUAUACGAAAUGUGGUCACAGGGUGAUCGUGUUGCUUGUGGCGUUAUAACUGAUGAUACUAAGGUAGUGUUUCGAUCUUCUACAAGUAUGGUAUAUCUGUUUAUUCAAAUGAGUUCCGAAAUGUGGGAUUUUGAUAUACAUGGAGAUCUUUACUUUGAGAAGGCGGUAAAUGGAUUCUUGGCAGAUCUGUUCCAAAAAUGGAAAAAGAAUAGCAGCAAUCAUGAAGUUACAAUUGUACUCUUUUCGAGAACUUUCUAUAACGCAACUAGCUUGGAGGAAUUUCCAAAUCACAUGAGAGAGUGUUUGCAACAUGAUUACAGAGGAAGAUUCUAUGAAGAUUUUUACAGGGUUGCAGUACAAAAUGAAAGGUUUGAGGAUUGGAGUAAUAUCCUGGUACAAUUGCGUAAACUAUUUACUGACUAUCAAAAGAUUGUUUUGGAAUAUCAUCAAAAGCCAGGUAUUAAUAUGCCUAAGGCAAUAAAUUCCACUGCUGCACAAGGCAAUUUUCUGGAAGUGUUAAAUAUGUCUCUAAAUGUUUUUGAAAAACAUUAUUUGGAUCGCAGUUUUGAUAGAACUGGUCAAUUAUCUGUAGUAAUUACACCUGGAGUUGGAGUUUUUGAGGUUGACAGAGAACUAACAAAUGUAACAAAGCAAAGAAUCAUUGACAAUGGUGUAGGCAGUGACUUGGUGUGUGUCGGGGAGCAACCACUACAUGCAGUUCCCCUAUUAAAGUUUCAUAAUAAAGAUUCCUCUACAAAUGCACCAGAUGACUAUAGUAUGCCACACUGGAUAAAUCUUAGUUUUUAUUCCACAAAUAAAAAGAUUCCCCAUUCUACGUUUAUACCAAGAAUAAAAUUGCCACAGAAAGUAUCAAAGCAUCCAGCGGAUAAUGAAAAAUUGCACUGCAAAGCCAGACUUCUACAAGAAGAUCCAAGAGAAUGUCUGCAUAAUACCUUAUUCGAUUAUGAUGCUUAUGAUGCACAAGUGUUCCAAUUGCCAAUUGUUACUACUUCAAGUGUACAAAGAAUAACUACAAGAACGAAAAAGACAAGUGUGGCGUGCCUCGAAACACACAACAACGGCCAUUUGUUAAAACUCUUGAAACGUAAAAUGUCAGAUCCCGACAUACAUCAUCCUCCACCUGAGACGCAUUCACCACCAGUUGUUGCAUUACGAAGUGCGGCAAUAACGAUACCACAUAAAACGGAUGACGAUAAUAACGAAUCUAAUGAGGACAAAAUUGGCGCAUCCAGGACACCGGUUAAGAACGAUUUAACAGAUCCAGAGAUAUCUCCGCCCUUUAGACCUGUUGUUGGUAGCGCUGGUAGCCCAACAAACUCAAUUUCUCAACCGGCAAAUAUACUCAGGCCUACUAGAGCACUAAUCAACCCUUUUGAUCCAUCACACGUUACCAUUAAGCUUACUAGUAAUAGACGGAGAUGGACUCACAUAUUUCCAAAAGGACCAACAGGAGUACUAAUACAACAACAUCAUUAUCAAGCUGUUCCAACACAGACAUGUUCAGAAUCACAAAGUGAAACUAUUCCAUCAACUAUGAGCGGAUCCCCGAUGGAGAUUGGGAUAAACAAUUCAAAUCAGAUUUCAAGAUCAGCGUCCCAAAUAGGGUUGCAAGAUUGUACAAAAGGAAAACCACUGCGAUCUAAUUCUUCUAUAGCUAAUGGAGACAAAGCUGCAAAUCCCCCUUCCGUUAUGAUGAACAAAAGUCUGACCCUCUUGUGGGGUGCCACUGGUGAGCAAGAGUGGACGCCCGCGCUAACAACAGCAAUCAUAGGAGUCGACUGGAAAUCUUUAACAAUCUCAGCAUGCCUACCCAUUACUACAGAUUAUUUUCCGGACAAGCGAAGUUUGCAAAAUGAUUACGUCGUAUCGGAUUAUAAUCUUUUACCGGACGAUGUCAACGUUGAUUUUGCUCAACAACGAGCAAUAUACAAAAAACCACUCACAACUGUGGAAGUGUUUAAAGAGCUGGUUUCACAACGCUUGGCUCAAGGUUUUCAGCUAAUUAUUUUACCGUCGAUAAAUAAGAAUCAAAGCAACGCGACUGGUAGCAAUGCUGCUGCCGCGAUUAGUACUGUGAUACGCGGCAGACAGACCGAGUCCGAGCCUAAAGAAGAAUAUCUGCUUAGCAUUGGAAGAAUUUUUCAUAAAAUAUCUUUAUUUGAUAAUUCUAUAACGAUUACGAGAUAUCGACCACGACAUCCUUAUCCACCCUUCAAUAUUCACUACCGAUACCGAUUCCAUGCACCGCAUCACGACACGUACGAGGUGUCGUGGGUGUCUUUCACCACGGAGAAACUCGAAACAUACAAUUGGAACUAUCUGGAUCAUUACAUUUGCACACGAGGCCACACUGAUUUUGCCUUGGUAGAAGCUCUUAAAUAUUGGAGAUUUCGGGUAUUUCUAUUACCAUUACACAAUCCUUCAACUCGCAAAAUUCUGGAGGGUUCUUUAAGAUGCGACAUAUACGCUCCACCCAGUAAUAUCGAGCAAGCGUCAUUGAUGGAUGGAUUUUUGCGCUUCAUCGAAGGAUGGCUGAACAAGAUACGACGGCCGAACCCCAACAAAAACUUGAGCCCCACAGCUCUAGGUGGUGUCCCCCCAAGAGAUCCUGCCUCUCAUUUGACCAGACGCAGGCACAGCACGAGCCUGAUAUUCCUCACUAACCAGACCAGUCUAGUCGGCAGCUCUCCUUUCAGGGAGCGACUUGGAAGCAACCGUCUGCCGGAGAAACCGAGACCAAGAUCCGGCUCUAAAGUAAUGGAUAGAGGACGUGUAUCGCCUGCGAGUGAAGCUGUUUUGCCGUUGUCGCUCGAGCAACAACAACAGGAUCAUUUCGACACUAAUGAUGACAAUACGAACAUGGAGCUGACCAAGAUAAAAAGCAAUGCAACAAACCUGGAAAUUUUGGAGGUCAUGAAGCAUCCUCAAACUGGCGUCGGUUUCUUGACGCAACAUCCCUCACUCCCGAGCCAAACGUUUGUUAGCGCUGACGCGAUUCAAUGGUUAAAUAAUCAUAUGGAAGGUGGCAUGGGGGUCGAGCAGGGUAUCAAUAUCAUGAAGGGGAUGAUUCAAGACAAAUUGAUAUGCCAUGCAUCCGGCGAUUUCUCGCAACCAUUUGUCUUAGGAUUUUAUUUAUAUCACAUUGUGCAAGAUAAAGAAAAUCAAAAAGCCGCAGAUUAUUCCGCUCCGCUCGGUGAUCUACAAGGUUUCGAGAAUGAGUGGGUGGAAGUGGAAAUGAGACCACCGAAAGGAUGGUGCGAACCAACAUCUUCAACAACCUCGUCGACGAUGUCAUCUCCCAUAACUAUACCCAAUUGCGACGCUAUUGACGAAUCGGAUGUCCCGCCUUUUCUGAGAGACGACAUCAAUUUGACGGAAUCGUUAGACGAUAGAACAGUGCCGUUAUAUAAACACACUCAUCUUGAUAUCGACAUAAAUAAUAAAAGUGACAGAAUCGAGUGGGGCCACCUAAGGUAUCAAUCCAUAUACAAGGUAGAUCAUUCCUAUGAACUCGUGGUACAAUGGGUAGCAUCAUCCGGCAGUAUAGUAGCUGAUCUAAUAUUUCUUUGGCAACGCAAAGCUCAAAUGUGUGGAAUACAGAUGGUGCCCAUUCCCAGUGAUUUAUUAGCGCUACCGUAUACUUUGAAAAGCGAUCCUCUUAGAGGGCCUAUUUUUAUACCCCUCGACACGGAAUGCUUGAUGGCGAAUAAGCGAUACCUCUUUGAAGAAUUCCGAGAAGAUACAUACGCGCAAAGAUUGUUUCUAUUCCAAGAAGCAAUUCUGCAGCGAUUCGGCUUUGUGCCGUGCUUAGUUGAAAACAUUGAAAAUGAUCGUCAGUAUGUUCACCUCACGGGCAAUGCGUUUAUAUUAGUGCCAUCCACUGCGAAUACUCGGCCGCGUCCACGAACCGGUACCAAUAUUGUGCGACGGAAUACGGGACAGAAAAGAUACCCAGUUCAUCCGGACCAGCCGAGUCCGCAUGAAGCGUAUAUUACCAGACACGUUAGUGGGAAGAAUAAGGAUGAUCAUAGCAUGGAUCGAAAGAUGGGCUUUUUGUGGUCGUGGAAUCAUAUGGUCAGUCGAAAAUGGAAAUCAUUGUCCACUUCGGCGGGUGACGAAUUAUUUCAGAAGAAAAUAAUACAAGAUUUUCGACAUUUCUGUUCCAAUGGAGACAAUAGACUGAAACAGUUUUGGGAAUCUUGUUGGGAGUUAAAGGAGAAAACUUGUACAAAAACGAAGUAGCAAGAUAUCAUUUCGUCCAAAGGAUUUAUCAUGGAUCAUACAUGUAAAUUUCAUCAAACCAUUCAUUAUAUGAUUAUUAAUUUUAACUGAUCGAAAGUACAAUGAUAUCAAUGUUUAUAUAAGACAUAACUUUAAGCAGGAUGAGUAGAAGUAUGUAUAAAUUGUAUAAUAUUAUUUGCGUAGUAAAGAGAAAAAACUACGCAGAUCUCGAUGGAUAUCACAAUACAAGAGCAGGAAAUACUAGGAUAUUUUAAAAAAUAAAUUGCAGAAAAAAUUGAAAAUUAAA